AUGAGGGGAGGUGUUGUGAGGAUUCGCAAGCAGCAAUGAGUCACGCAGCGAAGGCAAACACAUCUGCACGCCGUAGCCGACCACGGUACGACCGUGCACCACCACCGCACACCACCCUGCAUGACCAAACCAAGCGCUGCAGCACACCACCACAACACACCCCUGGAACCAACACGUUCGUUUCCCAUGCUCUCCUCCUCUGUGUAUGCAGGUGAUGCCACCGUGAGGGAGUCGGCCAUCGGCCACCCGCGUCGCCAGGUGUUCGAGGUCGGCCAGCGGCAGCAGUUCCUCCUUAAGAAGACACCCCCCGAGCACCAGAGGGGGGACGGUGACGCCCUCGAUGGCGGCGAGAAGCCGUCGCCCGCUGUCCUUGGUGUUGAGGGUGCCAGUCAAGGGAGGGCGGGGUUGAGGAUCGCCCACAGCAGGAGGUGGAUGACAACAAAGGUAUGCAACAAUUAAGACACCAACAACAAACACACACAUGGGAUGGAUGGACCAUUUACCACUGUGCUGCGUGGGCGUGUUUCGUACAGU